UCUCUGUACCAACCCCAUUCUCAACAAAUCUAUGCACUGUCUCAAGGUCCUCAGCAGUGUUCCCCUGAGACGAUGUUUAAUGGCUCCUAUAGGGCACAGCCGUAUGCUCAGGCACGCCUGACAGCUCAUGCUACGCAGGAUCUGCACCCUAAAAACUACCCAAAACCUAUCUAUUCAUACAGUUGCCUUAUUGCAAUGGCCUUAAAAAACAGCAAGACUGGCAGCCUACCAGUGAGUGAAAUCUACAGUUUCAUGAAGGAGCACUUUCCAUAUUUCAAGACAGCGCCAGACGGCUGGAAAAAC